UGUUGACCUUGCGUCGUUUUCCAAAUUCGACCUUGGCUAAUCGUGAUUCGUCUACCAUGCUUGAUGCUCCUCAAAGGACUGUCGUACGAGUCGGAUCAAGGCGUAGUACUUUGGCACUCCUACAGACUAAAAUGGCAAUUGAUUCACUUAAUAAACAAAAUCUAAAUAUUGACUUCGAAGUUGUUGAAAUGUCAACAGUGGGAGACAAGAUUCUUGGUGUUGAACUGUCUAAAAUCGGUGACAAAAGUUUGUUCACGAAGGAGCUUGAAAAAGCGUUGAUUGACAAAGAGGUUGAUUUCGUUGUUCAUUCGCUGAAGGAUGUUCCGUCAGCCUUACCUGAUGGCUUGGUUUUAGGUUGUGUUUUCGGUAGAGCUUCUCCAGAAGAUGUCGUCUUAAUGGCACCACAUAACCGUGGCAUGAAACUGCAUGAUCUUCCUGCAGGUUCCACAGUCGGGACAAGUGCUGUACGGCGUAUUGCUACCCUCUCGCGCAAAUUUCCCCAGUUGAAGUUUGUAUCUAUACGUGGUAAUCUGAACACAAGGCUGGCGAAGCUUGACGGUUUACAGGUUACGCAAAUCCAAAAAUGCUCUAUUGAUAGUUCACCUGUUCGUUAUGAUGCCAUUAUAUUAGCAAAAGCGGGUAUUGAAAGGAUGGGUUGGUCAGAUCGUAUUGAUGAGGAUGUAUCAAAGCUAACUGCUUUAUCUCCAGAGGUCAUAAGUCGUCAGGCUACCAUAAAUAUUGGGACCAUUGGACAUGUCGCCCAUGGAAAGACAACAGUGGUUCGUGCAAUCUCGACCGUGCAUACUAUCAGGCACAAAAAUGAACUAAUUAGAAACAUCACGAUAAAACUGGGUUAUGCUAAUGCAAAAAUAUAUAAGUGUAAUAGUGAAGCAUGCGUACGUCCUGCCUGUUAUCGUUCCUUUGGAAGUGCAACGGAUGACUCCUUACCUUGUCCAAGACCCGGAUGUGAUGGCACACUUAUAUUACAGAGGCAUGUUUCGUUUGUGGAUUGUCCAGGACACGAUAUUCUCAUGGCAACUAUGUUGAACGGUGCUGCUGUUAUGGAUGCAGCAUUAUUAUUGAUAGCUAGCAAUGAAGCGUGCCCACAGCCUCAAACCAGUGAGCAUUUAGCUGCUGAAAGCCAAGCACGUGAGCAGUAUUCACAGAUCUUACGUUUUAUUCAGGGCACUGUUGCUCAGGGUGCCCCAGUGGUUCCAAUUUCUGCACAACUGAAGUAUAACAUUGAUGUUGUUUGUGAUUAUAUAGUAAAUCACAUCCCAGUUCCAGUACGGGAUUUUACAUCAGCACCUCGUUUAAUUGUCAUCCGAUCUUUUGAUGUGAACAAGCCUGGCUGUGAAGUGGAUGAUUUACAAGGUGGAGUAGCCGGUGGAAGCAUCUUGCGGGGUGUCCUAAAAGUUGGACAGAAAAUUGAAAUCCGACCGGGUCUCGUUUCAAAGGAUGCUGAGACUGGAGGUGUUACCUGUAGACCUAUUAUUUCCUGUAUUGUUUCUCUGUUUGCAGAGCAAAACGACCUUGCGUAUGCUGUCCCAGGAGGUUUGAUUGGGGUUGGGACGAAAAUCGACCCACAGUUAUGUCGUGCUGAUCGUCUUGUCGGGCAUGUCCUAGGUGAAGUCGGCACGUUGCCUGAAAUAUAUGUAGAAUUGGAGAUAUCAUUCUUUCUUCUACGGCGCCUAUUAGGUGUUCGCACUGAAGGUGAUCAGAAGGGAGCUAAGGUCCAGAAGCUGUCAAAAAAUGAAGUAUUGAUGGUGAAUAUUGGUUCUCUCUCUAGUGGUGGAUGCGUAAUAGCAGUUAAAGGAGACCUUGCAAAAAUCCGACUAAACAGCCCUGUUUGCACUCAGGUGGAUGAAAAAAUCGCCUUAAGCAGACGUGUUGAACGACAUUGGCGACUAAUUGGUUGGGGGGAGAUCCGACGUGGUAUUACAAUCCAACCUGUUCAGUAA